AUAUAUGAUGACACACCACCCCCAUUUUUUUUAUUUUGCCUCUAGAUCUGAUAACCCCCAAUUUUACUGCGUGUUCAUUUCUGGUGUGUAGUGUGUGAGUAAGCAAGCAAAAACACACACUCAAGGUGUAUCUCUGUGUGUGUAUUCAUCAAUUUCUUCUUCGCUCUUCCAUUCAUCUCUUAUCAGUGAACAAUCAACUAAAAUCAAUGGGCGAGGAAGCGAAGAAGCCGGCGGAGGAAAAGAAACCGGAGGAGGCGAAAAAACCGGCAGAGGAAGAGAAGAAAGAGGCGGCGGCGGCGGCGGCGGAGAAGCCAGCUGACGAUGGGAAGAAAGAGGAGAAGAAAUCCGACGAGACCAAGGCGGCGGCGGCGGCGCCGCCUCCUCCGCCGCAGGAAAUCGUCCUUAGGGUUUUCAUGCACUGCGAGGGCUGCGCUAGAAAAGUCCGCCGGUGCCUCAAAGGCUUCGAAGGAGUGGAGGAAGUGAUAACGGAUUGCAGAAGUAGUAAAGUGGUGGUGAAAGGUGAAAAAGCAGAUCCAAUAAAAGUAUUGGAGAGGGUUCAACGGAAGAGCCACCGUCAAGUUGAGCUUAUUUCUCCGAUCCCAAAACCUCCGGCGCCGGAGCCCAAGAAAGAUGAACAAAAAGAGGCGGUCAAAGCUGAGGAGAAAAAAGAGGAGCCUCCGGUGAUUAUUACAGUGGUGUUGGGUGUUUACAUGCAUUGUGAAGCUUGUGCCCAAGAAAUCAAAAAACGCAUUCAGAAAAUUAAAGGAGUGGAAAGUGCAGAGCCAGACCUCAAAGCCUCACAAGUGACGGUGAAGGGAAUUUUCGAGCCCGAAAAGCUCGCGGAUUACGUCUACAAAAGAACCGGGAAGCACGCUUCGGUUAUCAAAGUCGAGCCCGAGAAGAAAGACGAGGAGAAAAAGGGAGAGAAGAAAGCCGAGGAAGGCGAAAAGGAAGCCAAGAAAGUGGAAGAGGCCGCCUCCGCGGGGAAGGAAAACAAGGAAGCUGGUGGUGGUGGUGGUGCCGCCGCUCCACCGCCGGAGGCCGCGGCGGCGGAGGCGGAGGAGGGUAAAUUGGAGGUGAGAAAGAAUGAGUUUUACUAUAACCACCCACAGAACUACCACCAAAUGUACCACCAGAGGAUUGUGCAAGAGAUGAAUGCUUAUCCCCCACAAAUGUUUAGUGAUGAGAAUCCAAAUGCAUGUACUGUAAUGUAAAUGUUGGUGGAUUGCAGGGGUAAAAUGGGUAGAAUGGGGUAAAGAAUUCUGUCCUAAUGACAACAUGUUGGUGUGGUCUGCAUGUGGACCUGUCUUUGUUUUUUUUUUUUCAUAGUAUAAAUCUGCAGGAAAAAAAGGGGUUUGUAGAAUUUUAUAAGGGUAUUUUUGUACUUUUUUUUUUUCUUUAUUAUAAUGUUUGUCACAUAC